AUGAGACUCUCACACCUUCUUGCAUCCCUCUCCGCCUCCCUCUCCUUCGCAGCCCUCCUCCCCCGUCAAACCACCACGCCCUCUACUGAAUUCGUUGGCUACCUCAUCUCCACCUUCUCAGACCCCACGCCAGCGGUGCAAUGGCACCUCUCCACUUCCAACUCUCCUUCAGCCUUCACCUUCCUCAAUAACGGCUCCCCAAUCCUGACCUCCAACGUCGGCACGGGCGGCGUCAGGGGUGUCUUUCUGACGAGCGAUGGACGGAGGGAGAAGUGGGUUUUGAUCGCGACGGAUUUGGAUAUUAAUGCGGAGGGGUUUAGUUGGGAUGAGGUUACGCGGAGGGGGAGUCGGGGGUUGGUUGUUUGGGAGUCUGAGGGGUUGACGGGGUGGGGGGAGGGGAGGCUUGUGACAGUUGAAACUCCCACCGCGGGAAUGGCGUGGGCUCCGAGUGCUGUUUGGGACGAUGAUACCAGCCAGUUCUUCAUCUUCUGGUCUUCGAGGCAUUAUGCCGAGUCCGACACCGAGCAUACCGGCACCGCGAUGCUCGAUCGGAUCCGGUAUGCGACCACAACGGAUUUCAUCUCUUUCAGCGCUCCGCAGGAUUACCUCGCUCUGGAAGAUACGCCUCUCAUCGAUCAGGAAUUCCAGUAUCUCGGACAACCGGACCAUUGGGCAAGGUUUCUGAAGAACGAGACUGUCAAUCAGGUCUAUCAGGAGACGAUGACCCAAGGCUUGUUUUCCACGGAGUGGACGAGGGUCGAAGGGUAUGUCCGGCCAGAGAGUCCGAGGGAGGGAACGGCGGUCUUUAAAGACAAUGUCGAGGAAGGGUUGUAUCAUAUGUUGCUGGAUGAUUAUACGGAGUAUGUGCCGUUUGAGACGAGGGAUAUCUUGGGCGGAGAGUGGACGGAGUCGGAGUAUGACGGGUUUCCGAGUGGGCUGAAGCAUGGAAGCGUCACGCCUUUGACGCAGGAGGAGUACGAUGCUGUGUGGGAGAAGUAUGGCAAUUAG